GCAAUGUUUCCAAGAAUGAGUACUAAUGACCGCACACUGUUUAAAACAAUUUGUGCUGACUUUGAAGACAUUCAUCCAAGUGAUCUACAUGGCAUUUCAAGACUUUUGGGUGCACAGUACUUAUGCGAAUCUAACGGCCCACACCGUCAGCAAUAUGUCAAAGGCAUCGUCUGGGGUGCUAGUCUUCGUCUAUUCGUUUCACUUCAUGUCCAACUCACCGAAUCCAUCCUGACCCUCACUGGUACACGGAGACCGAUCCAUGUCCAUUUUCUCUAUCUCGCUGCAUCUCCACAGACGUACAUCACUGACGAUGCAUUAAGGACCAUGGGUAUUGAAGACAUGGUUGUAGUAGGUGUGAAUCAUGGACAAUCAAGCACAGGUUCUCUGCGAUUGCCUCUCAAGAUUAAUGGAUAUCCUCUUCUUGUUGCACGAUCUCCCUCUGAUGCUCAUUUUUCCCAUCUCAAUAUCCUCGGUCAGGACUUCGUCCAGGUCACAGGGGCUGACGUUUUUUUCGGUGGUGACAUUCCCCGAUUCGAAAUAUCCUUCUUCUAAAUUCCCUUAAUUACUUUUGGCAUUGCGUUCAUCUUCCUCCUAUAAUUU